ACUUCUAUUCUGGCUUCCUCUAUUGCCAUACACUUCUUAGAUACUAUGUUUUUAUACCUUCUGUGUUCUUUCCACUCGGAAAAGAAACAGGGGACAGGAUCUGGGUCAUUGAUGGAUGGAUCUCUUGCUCAGGGCCUCAGACUUCGCUGCUUUUCCAAAUCUCUUAAUAAUGAAGUCUCGCUUGUAAAGUCACGGUACUUAAAGUUAUGCCUUUGGUACUGUUUUUCACUGUUUUGAGACUUGGUUUUUUACUGUUUUGAGACUUGGUUUUUACUGUUUUGAGACUUGGUUUUUACUGUUUUGAGACUUGGUUUUUACUGUUUUGAGACUUGGUUUCUUUCCCAGAAAUGAUUUGAGUUUCACAUGGAUGGUUUUCGUGUUUCCGUAACACGUUGACCAGCUCCUGAGUCCAUUAUCUCGCAUCGGUUCUAUUUCAGAACAGUUUGUUCUGGUUUUGCAAAUGUGAUUUCAUAGUGUCCUUUAGUACCUUCUGCUUGUGCCGCUUGUUUUGUUUCCUUAGACGCCAGUUCUGGUUGGGUUCGUUGUGAGAGGCUGCGUGGUGAGACCACGUACUCCGAAGUUAGCUGCCUGUCUGCGUCUUAGCUGUGAGACCUCUCUCAAGUUGGUGAACCUCUGUCUUCAUUUCCCCGUGUGUAAAAUGGAGGUAGUAGUCCAUUUCAAGGGUUUACAAACCUUUUCUGUAAAGGGCUAGGUUGUAAGUAUUUCAGACUUGUGGGUCAAGAGUUAAAAUCUAGAGACACACAAGGGAACAACUUCCACAAUUUUCUUCUAGGCAAAAUUCAAAUUGUAAUCGUAGCAAUUGACUUGGAAUCACAGUAUUUGGUAAUAUAGGUCUGUUGCUGGAAAUCAUGGCUGCCCUUUUGCUUACUUGGGGGUCAAAGUUAGUGUUCUUUGUCAUUACGAUUGAAUGCAUACGUGCGUCUGUUAAUGCAGGUUCAGUGCAUGAAGUUCUGGGCUGACAUCCAGUACUGAUGAGAGACGCAGAUAUUUCCCUCAAAGUAUUUGCUGUUGAAGAAUACACUGAGAAACUGUAGGCUUUAAAUCCUUUGUGUGUCUACAAACUUUGUAAAUUUGUCCAUCGAAGCAUUUUCAUGCUCGACAUACAUUUUUACCACCAAUGGUAACAUAUUAGCAGAUUCCAUUUCAGGCCCUACUGAAUGAGUGUUUUCUCACCUUUGAACAUGGUCUUGCCGGCAGUUGUUAGUCGUUCCUUGCGGCCGCCAGUUCUUCGGUCGUUGCCCAGCUCAGCGCCAAGACAUGGACUCUUCGAAGACAGUCUUUGAGCCAUUUCGGUAACACCUGCGGGUUCAUCGAGGGCUGAGGAUCGUCAUGAUUUCAAAGCAUUCGCCUCAUUUUGACUUGACUGUUGACAUCGCUACGAGUGUUCUUAACUGUUAGAACAGCCGUUCUCGCCCAAAGGCUGGUCAUCUCCAUUUCAUUGUCUCGGGACGCACUUCUUCAGCUGCUGCAGUCAAAUAUAAUUCAGUCACCUUCAGGAAGUGGCUCUCCUUGCUUGCCAUUCCGACAGGUGUGAGGUGAUGUCUCAUUGUGGUUUCGAUGUGCAUUUCCCCGAUGACGAGUGACGUUCUGAGUUCACUUGCCUUGUUUUGACAUGAGAGGCAUGGAUUGGUAAUAAGCCAAACAAGAAAUGUCGCCGUACACCAGUCCGGUGGCCUGGAACUACUGAGUGUGACUGCACCAUUGAGUUAUUGCCUUAGCUGGAGGAUGGAGAAUCUGCACCCUUGGUCUCAGAAAAGUCUAGAAGGGGACGAAGCCCACUGCUCUGGUGCCUGGUCAGGGUCCUUGCCUCCGGGGACUAAUUUAUUCAUCUGGUUGGUUACUCUGUGGGAGGAAUACAGCGGACGCUGCUCCGUCAAUCAAAGGACGAGCCUCCAAAGUCCACGUUUGGCAACCUUCAGUGUCCCGGGGAAGGAAAGAUGUGGGCGGCCUGUGUCAGCCUGCCGUGCGAGGCCCACGUCACCGGUUGCUGCAGUUAUCUCCUUAUCAGCCUGAGGGGCUCGGCUGUGAGCAUAAGGACCGUCCUUGCCAUGGGACCCAGCAAAUGCAUCUGGGAAGGUUGGACCUUGGAGAGCGAGGCUCAGAGGAGAGGGAUGAGUACCUGGCUCCUGGUCUGUGCCUGGGUCGGCUUGGGAGUCUCGGUGCCAGGGGAAGGAGAAGGGCUCGGGGCUGGAAGCCUCACCUGUCUCACCAACAACAUCCUGAGGAUUGACUGCCACUCGUCUGCCCCAGAGCUGGGCGAGGGCCCCAGCCCCUGGCUCCUCUUUACCAGCAACCAGGCUCCGGGCGGCAAGCACAUGUGUGUUUUCCGGGCCAGCACUUGCACCGUGCAGCUGCCGCCUGAGGAGGUGAUCUCACCUUUUGACAACUUCACCAUCACGUUGCACCAGGGCAUCGCCGGGAAGGAGCAGGUCAGCCUGGUGGACCCCCAGUACCUGCCCCGGAGACAUGUGAAGCUGGACCCUCUGUCUGACCUGCAGAGCAAUGUCAGCUCUGACUCCUGCGUCCUGUCCUGGAGCAUUAAUCCCACCUUGGAGCCGUUGGCCUCGCUGCUCAGCUACGAGCUGGCUUUCAAGAGGCGGGAAGAGGCUUGGGAGCAUGCCCGGCACAAGGAGCACAUCGACGGGGUGACCUGGCUCCGCCUUGAAGCUGCCGAAUUGGACCCCGGUGCCAUGUAUGAGGCCAGGCUGCGUGUCCAGAUGGCCACCCCGGCCGGUGCCGUGGCGGAGGAGGAGAGCUACGAGGGCCAGUGGAGCGAAUGGAGCCAGCCCGUGAGCUUCCCGUCUCCCCAGAGCCCAGGCCCCGUGACCCGUCCCUCGGGGCACUCCAACAGCACGUUUGUGGCUGUGUCCAUCUUCUUCCUGCUCACCUGCCUGACCUACCUCCUGUUCAAGCUGUCAGCCAGGGUGAAGAGAACCUUCUACAAGCACGUGCCCUCUCCGGUGGCCUUCUUCCAGCCUCUCUACAGUGUACACAAUGGCAAUUUCCAGACCUGGACGUGGGCCCACAGGGCUGGGGUGCAGCUGAGCCAGCACUGUAUCGGCACCCCACAAGGAGUCGCGAAAUCCAGUGUCCGGGAGGCCAUCGCGUUCCUUACCUGUGACCCGGUGGACCCCUGGCCACCUGUGGCCCUGGAGGAGGUAGAGGGCAGUGGUACUGGCCUCCCCACGGAUGUAUUGCCAGCAGCCGUCCUGGAGUGGGCAGGGCAGCCACCUGCCUAUCUGCCACAGGAGGAGUGGGGCCCUGCGAGCCUUGCCAGGCUGUCUCCCCCACAGCCAGAGGGCAAUAGCAGCGACUACUGUGCCCUGGCCUGCUAUGGGGGGGGCCACCCCUUGACUUUCCCAGGAAACACGCAGAGCUCUGGGCCCGUCCUGGCCUCUGCCUGUGGCCUGUCCUGCGACCAGCAGAGCCUGGAUGCCUGGCAAGGAGGUAGCUGUGCGGGAGCUGGUCACUGUCACAGACGAGACCCUGGUGAACGGGCCACAGGAGGACCUCUGGGGUGUUUUCCUGCCCCCUGCCCUUGGCAGCCAGUGGGCUCGGUCCUGAAAGUUCUAGAGCCCUGACUCGACCAGCUGCCUCAUGUCCAUUGUGGGAAAAAUGGACGAACGUCUCGGGAGCUGACCCUUGACUGAGACUGGACCGCUUGUGGAAGGCCACCUGUGCGGUGGUCAUCUGUCCUGCCUGGAUGGAGGCAGGAGGCCCCUGCUUCCCUCCUCUCCACUCAGUACCUCCACUCAGCAUCCCGCCAACCCCGUGCCCCCCCCCAUUUCCUCCCUGCUUUCUGGCUUGAUCCCAGGCCCCGCUGAGAACAGGGCUGUGGUCCCCAUAGCCUGUGCUGCCCUCACCCCCUUAAAGGGCCAGCUUGGGCCCAGGGGACACAGGUGAGACGUUGUGACCAGGCUGAGUGUCAUCUUUCUGUGCCUUCCUGAGGUAGCUCUCCUACUGAGACUAAAAGGCAUACAGUGGCUGUUCCAAACUGCUAAUGGCUGAGAGGAGGGCGGAGAGCUGUGGCCAGAGAUACCAGAUCGUCAGGACUGGAAGCGAGCAGCCAGCAGUGCCUUUGGCCUGGGAAGGGCCCUGCCUCCACCCCCUCCCCUGUGGUCUGGACAGAGACAUGGACAGAGCAGAGGGUGCCUGCAUCAGUCUCCUAAGGCUGCCAGAACAAAGUGCCAAAAGGAGGGGACUUAGAGCAACAAAAAUCGGUUGUCUCACAGUUUUGGAGGCUGGAAGUCUGACAUCUAGGUGUCAGCAGGGCUGUGAAGCCUCGAGGGCUCUCUCCAGCUUCUAGUAGUUUCUUGGCUUGGGGGACAGCGUAGCUCCAAUCCGCCCGAGGUGUUUUCUCUGUGGGGGUGUCUCUACCCAAGACCCCCCUUUUUAUAGCAGCACAAUCAUCGUGGAUUGGGGCUGAUUUGAAUGACUUCAUCCUGACAUGGGCAGCUAAAAAGGUGUUUCCAUAUCAGGUCACAUUCACAGGUACGGGGGUGGGGCUUAGGGCUUUCUCAUGGGAAUUUGGGGGAAACAUAAUUCAACCAAUGACCGUGUCCCUGCCCCUGCCAGCAAUGCUCCACCUCCUUGCUGGCCCAAGGCACUUGGCUCCCUCCCAGGGAACCCUCAUCGCUCUUACUGGGUGCCUCGGGGAGAGGACCCCGUCCCACCUGGCUGCUGGACUUGGGGUUGGUGCUGGGAUCACCUGCCCGGUGAAUGCUCGGACGAGACUUCUUUCUGAGGGAGGAUAAAAAGAAUGCCUGUCUCUUUCUGGAUGCUGAGCCAGAGAGGGGACUUCUCUCUGGGAGGUUCCAGUGUCCCCUGUGGCAUGGGCAGAAAAAUAGCACUAAUAGCCCCAGGCCCCAAAAGGCAAAGCUCCCCUCUGGCUCAGCUAGGCGUCCCCCUCCCCUCUGUGUGCCUGCGGAGCCCCCAAGGUUUUGAGGGGAGCCUCAGCAGAGCCGGAUUCUGGUCAGCAGAGGCGAAGCAGGACCCAGAAUGUAUCUUUCGUGUCCAGAGAGCAGGAGGUAUGUGGACAGAAGUGAGGUGCUGGUAUCCUUAGCUCUAACCCAGUGUAAAAAUACUAGCGUUAAUCCACUUCCUGCAGCCGACCUCUGGGGAGCCCCCGGGUGGUGUAUUUGUAACAGCAUCUGUGUGGCUCAUGCAUCUGCGCUUGGGACCUGGGCCACCUGCGUGACUAGAUAAGUGACCCCCACAGCUGGGAUUACCUUCCUGUGUGGCCGAGGUGUCCAUUUGACUCACACACUUUCUCUAGGUGGUACCUGGAUGCCUAACUCUGGGCUGGAACCUGAGUGUGAAGUCACUCAGAGGCUGUGUGACAGAGUCUCGGUGAGUCACGCCUGCCCUUCCUGGGUACACGCGAGUAACAGCGGCUCAUAGAGUUGCUGUGAGCGCCGGAGCAAGAAGCCUGCACACCUUGGUACCCAGCAAAUGCUAAUUUCCCCUUCCUGAGAGGACACCACCCUUGGAAACCAUGUGCCAAGAUCCAGGGUACAGCAGAGCGAAGCUCAAAAAACCUCGUGAGGCCUGAUGAGGAAGUCACCCAUCGCUGGUCACCGAGGAGUCAGAGAGAAGGUGGCCUGGGAAGGGAAUUAUGACACUGCUGGUGGGUCGAGCACUUGCGUGGACAGUAUGGCUGCAGCAUCAGUGUCCAAAAUGUGACCGACCAGUCCCCAGGCUGCGGCUGGACUGUGGAGGGCGUGGAACGCUGAUGGGACAGGAGGGAAGAGGACACCCCCCGCCCCCCCGUCAGGGAACGCCACAGGACGUUCCUUUUUCUUUAUUUUUCAAUGAGGUAAACUUCACAUAAUAGAAAAUUAACUGUUUUAAAGCAUAUAACUCAGUGACAUUUCGUCCGUGCACGGUAUUGUGCCGUCAUCCCCUCUAUCUAGUUCCAAAACAUUUUCAUCACUUGAAAAGGAAGUGCCCUGCCGAAAAAGCAGUCUGUCCCCAUUCUGCCUCCCUCUGACCUCUGGCAACCACGCGUCUACUUUCUUCCCUAUGGAUUUACGUAGUCUGGAUAUCUCAUGUAAAUGGAAUCGUAUAACAUGUGACAUUUUGGGUUCAACAUCUUCCUUGUAGUAUGAUGUUUUCGAGGUUCGCCCACAUUGUAGGAUCAGUACCUCAGUCCUUUUUAUGGCUGAAGUAUUUAUUAUUCCGUUGUCUGGAUGGAGCACAUUUUGUUUAUUCAUAUCUGUCGAUGGACAUUUGGGUUGUUUGGAUUAUAGCUAUUGUGAACAGUGGUGCUAUAAAUAUUCAUAUCAAGUUUCUGUUUGAAUGCCUGUUUUCAAUUCUUCUGUGUAUAUUCCCAGGAGUGGAAUUGCUGGGUCAUGUGUUAAUUCUGUGCUUAGCUUUUGAGGACCCGCCAAACUG